AGACGGACCAUGACAGACCAGGCGAAGCCCAUCAGCCCGCUGAAAAAUCUACUGGCCGGCGGCUUUGGAGGCAUGUGCCUGGUGUUCGUGGGGCACCCGCUGGACACGGUUAAGGGAUUUGGGGAAGCAGUUCCUCGCCCGCAACUGGAUCGCGCAGAGUGAGCAGUCUCUAACCGGCCAUCAAGGGCUGUGAUUUAAAGUUCUCUGCCUCGCAGCCUCUCCUGACCUUGCACCACUUCUUUGGGGAUGGGAAAGAAAAAGCGCCUCCCCACAGCUCUGGUUUCAGCGAACCCUACAUUAUCAGCAAGAUUGAAACAGGUCGCUUGUAAAGCUCAUCUAAGGAAGAGAGCUAAAGACAGAAGCACGGUUAUUCUAGAGAUGUCUUUUGACACAUUGCUCUGGCCAUCUUCAGCCUGUCACCCCAUGUUAGCCUGAAUGGCCUCCUGUGGGGAGCGAUUAUGUCCUCCGUGACUGAGCCCCUGCCAAGCCAGUGACCAUCUAUCCAGGGCCAUGCUGGUCUUCACAACUCCCAGGUCCGACUGCAGACGCAGCCCCCGACUUUGCCUGGACAGCCUCCCAUGUAUUCUGGGACCUUUGACUGCUUCCGGAAGACUCUUGUUAGAGAGGGCAUCACAGGCCUAUAUCGAGGCAUGGCUGCCCCCAUCAUCGGGGUCACCCCCAUGUUCGCUGUGUGUUUCUUUGGCUUUGGUUUGGGGAAGAAACUGCAACAGAAACACCCAGAAGAUGUGCUCAGCUACCCCCAACUAUUUGCAGCUGGGAUGUUAUCUGGUGUAUUUACCACAGGAAUUAUGACCCCUGGAGAACGGAUCAAGUGCUUGUUACAGAUUCAGGCUUCUUCAGGGGAAACCAAGUACACUGGCGCCUUGGACUGUGCAAAGAAGCUGUACCAGGAGUCUGGGAUCCGAGGCAUCUACAAGGGGACUGUGCUCACCCUCAUGCGAGAUGUUCCAGCCAGUGGGAUGUAUUUCAUGACAUAUGAAUGGCUGAAAAAUAUCCUCACUCCAGAGGGAAAGAGUGUCAGCGAUCUCAGUGUGCCUCGGAUCCUGGUGGCUGGGGGCAUUGCAGGAAUCUUCAACUGGGCUGUGGCAAUCCCCCCAGAUGUGCUGAAGUCCCGCUUCCAGACUGCACCUCCUGGAAAAUAUCCUAAUGGUUUCAGAGAUGUGCUGAGGGAGCUGAUCCAGAAUGAAGGAGUCACAUCCUUAUACAAAGGGUUCAAUGCAGUGAUGAUCCGAGCCUUCCCAGCCAACGCGGCCUGUUUCCUUGGCUUUGAAGUUGCCAUGAAGUUCCUUAAUUGGGUCACACCCAACUUGUGAGGCUGAAGGCUGCUCAAGGCUUCUGGAUGUUGGAAACUUACCGAAGAGGAGCAAUGGGCAGGACUAGGCUGUCCUGAAGGGUGAAGGGAGGGGGAUGGUGGGAUCAAAGCUCUGUGCAUGGACUUGUUGAGACCAUUUGCCUUAAUGACAUCCUCCACCUGGUAUAACUUGGUGUGCCAUUUUGAAACUUGAAUUUACUCUUGUCAGUUUAAGGGAUCUCAGGAGGACCAGAGUACUAUCUAUUGAUUGGUUGACUACUGGCCCUACUAUACCCAAAAUACUGGUCUUUAGAGAGGAAAUCUCAGCCUUUCACUGGAGGUGCUAUGCAUGUUUACAGCUAGCUGACCUGGAGCUGGGGUCAUCUUUGACCUCCAGCCAGGAACACCCACCAGAUUUCCAGAGUAUUAUACUAUCCUGACAUACCCAGAGAGACGUGAACUUGAGACCCAUGUCUGUCUGUCAAGUGGAAUGAGCAAAUGUGUAGGGGCAGAUAGCCUGAUAACAGCAGGGUUGUUUUUUUUAGGCAUGCAAGUAAUUGAAAUUGAAACUAGAGUAGUCUAAUUUCCCAGAAGGUGGAGAGCUUUCCCUUCUAUACAGUGAGAAGAGUUUUAAAUUGACAGUCCUAGCCUGCUGGGAUAAGUGAGAAAGUCCAGGGUGUAAGAAGGCUCUCUUUGCACACUCUUUUGUCAUGAGAGCCCUGUUUUAACA